AUUGAUGGAGAUAUCACAUUAAAUGAAAUUAAAGAAGCUUUAGGUCAUAUUAAAUUAGAUCGUAGUCCUGGAUCAGAUGGUUUUUGUGUUAAUUUUUACAUUACGUUUUUCGAUAUCUUAGGUCCAUUUUUAGUUAAGUUGUAUAAAUAUAGAUUUGAACAUAAUCUAUUACCUCCCUCUUUGAGAAUUUCAUACAUUAGUUUAUUAUGUAAAGAUAAGAAUAAUAAAAAUCUAAUGAAAAAUUGGAGACCUAUUAGUUUGUUAAAUUAUGAUUAUAAAAUUUUAUUUUCAAAUAGUAAAAAGUAA